AUGAGCGUUUCCAAGCCUCCUCUUCCCCAGUCCCACAUCCCAGCCCCGGCCUCCUCUAACCACCUCACCAUCCCUCCCUCUUCCAUGCCCUCUUCGACACCUCUGGCUCCAUCCUCCACCGCCCCGUUAGCGCCGCCUCCUCCCUCCCCAGUGAAGAUAUCCAUGCAGGAGCACUUUGCCAUCAAUGUCUGUCCAGGGCCCAUCCUGCCCAUUCCACAAAUCUCAGAUUUCUUCCCCCGCUUCCACGACUUUCCCAUCGCCCCGCCGCCACCACGUGAGAAGAAGAUCCUGCGAGAGAAUGGGGAACCGGAGGGACCGAAGGAUGAGGAGAAGGAGAAGGAGAGGAAAGAGGAGAACGGGGAAGACAAAGGGGACCUGGGUGACUCGGAUGAUGAUGAAACUUACCUGGGCGUACUGGACUUCAGCUUGCUGUUCGAUCAGGAGAACAACUGUUUGCACUGCACCAUCAACAAGGCCAAGGGACUGAAGGCCAUGGACUCCAAUGGUCUGGCAGAUCCAUACGUCAAGCUCCACCUUCUGCCCGGGGCCAGCAAGGCCAACAAACUGCGCACAAAAACCCUGAAGAACACGCUGAAUCCUGUGUGGAAUGAGACGCUGGUAUACCACGGCAUCACGGCAGCAGACAUGACCACUAAGACUCUCAGGCUCUGCGUGUGUGACAUGGAUCGCCUGGGCCGUAAUGAGUUUAUUGGUGAGGUGCGGGUCGCUCUGAAGAAACUGAGGGAAGGAGAGAGCAAAAAGUACUACAUGGGCCUGGAGAGGAUUGCACAGAACAAAGAGAGCAACAACCAAACCGGUGAGCAGGGAGGACCUGUAGCUGAGGAGGAGCGUGGUCGCAUCCUGGUGUCUCUGUGCUACACCGCAGAGAAAAGCACCCUCUCCGUGGGCAUCAUACGAUGUGCUCACCUGGCGGCCAUGGACUCCAAUGGAUACUCUGACCCAUUUGUUAAAAUUGUUUUACAACCUGACAUGGGUAAGAAAUCCAAGUACAAAACUACAGUGAAGAAGAAAACUCUCAACCCUGAGUUUAACGAGGAGUUUCUUUAUGAGGUUCCCAAAGACCAACUAGCAAAGAAGACCCUGGAGAUAUCUGUAUGGGAUUAUGACCUUGGAAUGAGCAAUGACUUCAUAGGUGGUGUGGAGCUGGGCAUCAAUGCUAAGGGAGAGAAGCUGAAACACUGGUUUGAGUGUCUGAAAUUUUCAGGAAAGAAAGUGGAGUACUGGCAUGCACUCACACAACAAGGGGCUCCUAGUAUUGAGUAA